UGAGACAUUUGAAAGCAUGGCGUCCACACAGCAGGAUGCGGCCAUAUCUGACAUCUCCCCAGUUCUGUUCAUGACGGUUGACGGUGAACCCAUGUCCUUCUUCCUGAGACCGGGUCCUGUUAAAUGCAAGCUCCAGCCGCUCAUUGCAGCUGGAGGAGGGAUCCUGAGCAAUGUGCAGCGGCCAGGGGCCAUUCUGCUCAUUGACCCCAAAGAAAACGGCUCUAUUCCUGAAACUACUGCUCACUGUUACGUGUCCACCCAGUACAUUCACGACUGUAUUGAGAAGGAGGAACAGCUGAAUUUAGAGGACUACAGGUUAAACCCUGAAGUUGCCCCGAGACACUCUCCUAGACUCAACAAGACCCCUCGUCGUCUCUCAGGAGAAAAAGUAGGCAGGAUUCCCUACACAGAUGAAGAUGAUGCAGCCAUUUGGAGUUAUGUCAGCAAGUCCCAGAAAGAGGUUGGGGGGAACCGGCUUUGGCAAGAGAUGGAGAACCAGCUUGUGACCAAUCACACCUGGCAGUCAAUGAAAAGCCACUAUAAAGUGCACCUGGCAAAUAAACAACCUGAGGUUUUGGAGGUGAAAGCAGAGGAAGCCACAAAAUCAGUAGAGGGUGAUUUUAAGAUAGAUGCCCAGCCCAUGCCAGCUGAAGACACACAACCAGAAUCUCCAAAAUCCAUCUCUCCCAAAAAAAAAGUCCAACUUGCGAAUCCACAAUCUGAUGAGCAACCAGCUGAAAGCACACUAGUAGAGAUGGUAGAAGGUGAAACUUCUAACCCCCCCGAAGCCGAGGGACCUUGGUUGGACCCACACACAGAUGCUCAGCCCAUCCAAGAUGAGAGCACGGAAACAAUCAUCUCUCCUGAGAAAGAAAUGGUGCCAGAGGACUCUCCUCCAGCUCGGCCCGAGUCCCAGCCAGACACCCCUCUUCAGAAAAAGCCUAAAGAGAAACAGAAGGCCUCCCCAAAGCCCCAACAACCUCAGAGACGACCAACACGCUGGCAUCUUGUGCUGGAGGGGUCGCCUGAACCAUAUGGUAAAAAACUCAGAUCAGCAGCUCCUUCAAGACGAUAUGGAUCAUCCCCGCAGCUCUCGAAGAAAAGUGAAUCUCCCACUAAGUCUUCUCCUAAGAAAGACAAAAUGGUGGAGCAGCCGCCUUCAAAGAAAGCCAGAGGAAGCAGUGUGCCAGAGGAACCGCAGGAGGAGAGCACACAAGCUCCUGUUUCUGAAACAGCACCAACAGAUGCAGAGUCUAAUUCAGUGCCACAGGAAGUGGAGAAGAAAAAAGAAAAGAGAAAGUUGGGGAUUUUAGAGUUGGCUAUAAAGGAGUUUGAAGAUGAAAGUGAGUCGGAUGAGGAUGUAGCUCCAGACCUCCGAAACCCAUCCGAAACACCAACGAUACAACCCCCCGCGACAGCUGAGGGGGUCCGCUCCUCCUCCAAAGCCCACCUGUUCAUAUUCAACAGUGAAACUCAGGAGGAGGAAGACUCUCAGUCUGUCAUUGGUCCCAGCAGAGAAGCUCCAUCCCGACCAGAGGCAGCGGUGAACAAAGAUGCUGCCUUUUCCCUGACUCAGGUCCAGCUGGAGGAGGACAAGCAGCGAAUCAAAAAGCUGAUGAAGCAGACCGGCCAGGACUUGAUCAGUGUGACCAAAGCCCUGUUGAGGACCAGCGGGGACUUCUCUGCUGCUCUGGAGCACCUUUUGAACCCCUCCUCCGCUUGGGGACCCCUGUGGUGUCGAAGUGACGACGGUCUCUUGCUCUCAGGUGAUCCCGGGGCCCGACAGAAGCUGCAGGAGAAAUACAGCGAGGAGGGCGUGGCCAAAAGAGUCGUGUUCCUCGAGGUAGAGAGGUGACAGUGCUGGAAGGAACUCUUGUGGUGGCAGAUAAAUACAAAAAUCAGUUUGAAAUAAGCAUUUACCAAAAAGCACAAGUUAAGAUAAUAAAAUGAAUGUUGGAAUUAUUUCAUUUAGUAAGGGUCCUGGUAUUGUGCAUGCAUCACUCACUAAAAAACUCUAACAGCAAAGAACCAUUGUGUUAUCAGUAACACCUGCAGAUAAGAUUUCUGUAAAGAGUUGCUGAACUGACUUUACUACAUUAAUGACUGCAGCCAAGUUCACACACUUCAGCAAAAUGAAAAGCACAGAUUAAAGUUAGAGGACUUUUUGUUUAUCUUCGCUGAACUACAUUGUAGUAAUUAGAUUACGGAUAUCACUUUUCAAGUAUUAUAACCUUGAAUCUUCUACUGAUGAACAAUAAAACCACACAGUCUCUACAUUCAUAUGCACUUUUUCACAGAGCAUUAAAGUAUAUUAUAAUGGCAUGGAAACCUCUUCAAUCUUUUUGAAUGAGUGAAAAGAAUUAAGAAAAAAACACAGCCUUGAUUUUUCUUUUCCAAACCACAAUUUUAUUUCAUUUCCCCCCAAAAAACAAUUGAGUACAUUCAUAAUUUUGAAACAAUCUGCCCCAAACCCACAUGAAAACAUUUUAUGAAUAGUUUAAACAAAAUAAUGAGAAAUAAAACUAUUAAAUUAAAGCAGACCAAACAGGAUGCUUCCUGUAAUGCAAAUGAAACACAAAGACCAGAGUCCAUACAGAUGUACCCUAAUAUGGCCACAAGUAUUGCUGCACCUUGAAUCUCCUGUUCAUGAAAUAAAAGACCUCAGAAAAAGAAUGACUUAUAACAGCAAACAGGUAUGCCAUGAACAUAUACAACUGUUAGUUGAAACAACCGUUAACACAACCGUGUAUUCCUAGCGCACGCUGAUAAAAACCAAUUGCAUUAAAAAACAUUUUUAAUAUGAAACAUUCACUCUGACCUAAGUCACAUACAUCUAGGCCGCACACUGUAAGUCGGUCAGGUAAGAACCCAUUUAGUAAAGCAACCCAUACCAAGGUCUCCAAAUCACAGCACACCAUAUAUCCCUGGAUUUAAACAGCUACAUGGUUUUUGCUCAGCUUUUACAUGUGAGGUCUUUAGAAGAUGCCUCCAAUCAAGCUACAUUCAUUAAGGAGGGUUGCUACAAUUAUGCCGACUGCAUGUCGUUUGAAUGUGACCUGAUCUGAGAGAAGUAAAUGGAGACGAUGCACUUAAUGCAAGACUUGUUGCAAGAAGUUUGAAAACACACGUGUGGUGGUAUGCAUGGACAAACACUGAGAGUUAGUAGGAUUUAUAGCUUGAUAUAUGUCUCUGUCCUUUCACUGUACACUUUGCUUUGGUUGGCUGGUUAGUGUGAUGGUGGUGUGAGCUCCAAUUUUAACGAGGAAGAGCGAACUGUGUUGCUGUUUAUGGAAGACACAGACAUUGAAUCAAUACACAUGCCUUUGAUGUUGAUAAAAAGAACAGUAGUGAUAACAGAAUGGCUCUUUGUUAUUUAUCAGGCUGGUUUUACAUCAACUCAUAAGAGGAUAUGAAGGAUCUCCAUGAGUGAGACACUUCCUUACUCUUGUCUUAUGUAGUUAGUUUUUAUUAUGGGUGAUCUGAUAUGGUCAAUAAUUGACAGAAUCGUCUGUUUAAUAAUGUUUCAAAAUCAAUAAAAGCAGAGUAUGGUGACAAUAACACACUUUUUGGUUAACAGAAUAAUUAGGAAAAACAGUGACAAAUACAUUAUAUGUUACAAAUAUAAUUAUUAUUGAUUAGGCUUGACGCAAAGUCUGCAUUGCAGCUAUUACGUUAAAAAAAGAAAGUUAAAAAAAAAAAAAAGACUCAUAGCUCCCUUUCUCCACACAAACAUGCU